AUAUUCCUUUCUAUCUCUAUGUUCUUUCUAGUGGCGGUUCCUUCUCCGAUGGUAGUUGUAUCUAGAGAGCUCACAGUGUUCUUUCUGGUGGUGAUUCCUUCUCCGACGAGAGCUGCCAGUGUUUGCAAGCUAGGUUUUUAUCUUUGCAUAGGCUUAUUGGGCCAUGGAUCUCGGACUUUUGGUUGAGAACUUCUAAGGGUUGAGUGUUGUAUUUGAGCCCUGGAGCUUUCUAUAACAAGGCGGCAAGGCAAGCAUAUUAAUCGGAAUUGAUCUAACGGCUAAGGAUCUCAGAAACAAUGUAAGAAAAUAGUCCUUGUAUCACCGUAACAUAACGCAUAAGCGAAGCAAUCGGUGUACAAAAGUGAAAACGGCCAUUACAACUUACAAGAAAGAAAGAAGAAGACUUUAGAGCUUUCUUUGUUUCUCUGCAAUCUCUCCUUUUAUCUUUUUUGGCUCUUAAUAUUUAUACUCUUCCUUCCUAUACCAAAACCUCAACGUCGGAUCUCAUUCAAUCUUCCCUUCAACCAAUUCUCAGAAUCUCAGGAGAUAUUGUGUUUGGGCUUAUUGGGUUGUAAAUGGAAUCGUCUUCAAGUCAACCGGAGUUUGACUACUUGUUCAAGUUGUUGUUGAUUGGAGAUUCUGGUGUGGGGAAGAGUAGCCUGCUAUUGAGCUUCACUUCCAAGACUUUUGAGGAUCUCUCUCCUACAAUAGGUGUGGAUUUCAAGGUAAAGCAUGUUACCAUAGGUGGGAAAAAGUUGAAACUUGCAAUUUGGGAUACAGCUGGACAGGAGAGAUUUAGAACACUUACUAGUUCUUAUUACAGAGGAGCUCAAGGGAUAAUAAUGGUUUAUGAUGUAACAAGACGAGACACAUUCACAAAUCUAUCUGAUAUAUGGGCUAAAGAAAUUGAUCUAUAUUCAACAAACCAGGAUUGCAUCAAGAUGCUUGUUGGCAAUAAAGUUGAUAAGGAAAGUGAAAGGGUUGUCACGAAAAAGGAGGGAAUUGACUUUGCCAGGGAAUAUGGAUGCUUAUUUCUUGAAUGUAGUGCAAAAACUAGAGUCAACGUGGAGCAAUGCUUUGAGGAGCUUGUUUUAAAGAUAUUAGAAACACCAAGUCUAUUGGCUGAAGGCUCAAGUGGUGUGAAAAAGAACAUCUUCAAACAGAAACCUUCACAGGAUGUUCCAACUAGUAAUUGUUGCUCGUGGUGAUUGCAUACUAUUGUUCUUGCUGCUCUUGUUGAAGACAUUACCUCUUUUUUUCUUCUCUCCUCGACCUAUAUGAUCAUCCUUGGAAAGUGAAAUAUUACUUACAGACUGGCGAAGUUGAUGUGAUCUUUAUGUUCUUUUAUUAUUUUAAUGAAUCCUUGUCUUGUUAUGGCC